AUGUCGGCUAUAGUCUCUUCUUCAGGACGGCCAACCUUCUCCAAGGCCUCCCCUUUGCUUCGAGGGAAAAUCGCCUUGGAGGAGCAUUCAAUGACCGAUCAUUUCGACGCUACAAAGACAUUGCCGGACUCGGAAAACACCAGCGAACAUGCCUUCAACGACGAAGCGUACAUGAGCGAUGUAGUCAAGCGACUGGCCGACGUGGAAAGCCGCGUCAAGGACAUGGAUGCAUCCGGAAUCGACAUCUCCUGCGUGUCUCUCACUAUGCCCGGGAUCGAGGGGAUCUUUGACGCCCCCACUGCCGUAUCGAUGGCCAGGAAGGUCAACGACCAGCUGCACAAGACGUACCGAACCGGUCCGCAUGCACAUCGGUUCCGUGUCUGGGGAUGUGUGCCGAUGCAAGACCCCGAGGCCGCCGCAGCUGAGGCUGAGCGGUGCAUCAAGCAGCUCGGCUGCUGUGGGAUCCUGAUCAACGGACACAGCAACAUAGGGGGGCCUAAUACCAUCCAGUACCUCGACGAGCCCCAGUGUGAGCCGUUCUGGGCCAAGAUCCACGAGUUGGAUGUGCCGGUCUACCUUCAUCCACGUCUCCCUGCUCCAGACCAGCAACGCGCAUUCCGAGGUUACGACUUUCUCCUGGGCAGCGCGUAUGCCUUUGGUCGGGAGACGGCCGAGCACGCUCUUCGGCUCAUGGUCUCCGGGCUCUUCGACAGGUAUCCCAACUGCAAGGUGAUCCUCGGCCACUGCGGAGAAGGAUUGCCCUUCACUAUCCACCGGGUCGACCAUCGCCUGCGCCACUCACAGCCUGGCAAAUCCGGCCCGCACAAGCAUCCGCUGGCCCAUUAUCUGAAUACGAACUUCUGGGCGACAUGUUCCGGUGUCCAACGCGAGGGCACUUUGCUCGACACCAUUCGGGAGAUGGGCGAGGAACGGGUCUUGUUCAGCGUCGACUAUCCUUAUGAGGACAUGCAGGAAUUGUCCGCAUGGUUCGAUGGGUUGCAGCUGUCUGAGAACACUAGGAAGCGAGUUGGCUUCUUGAAUGCACGGGCAUUGUUGAAAUUGGAUUAA